GCUGCAGCUGGAUGCACAAUGUUGUAGGGUGUGGCUCAGUUUUCCUCUCUACGUCCGCUAUGAACGAUAUCAAGCAAAGAGAUGAUACCAACAGCUGUGGCUUAAGUUAGCAAGCAUACGUAUUAACCACAUAAUAUAUUCAGCGAAGUUUGAUAACUAUUUUAACAAUUAUUUUAAAUCACUUUGAGUCGCUUGCUUCGUUCUCCAAAUCGGCCACCAGGAUACCACCAGAAAGCUUCUCGUCUCGCCAUCCUCGCCAUCUACUCGUUUCUGCUGCUCGUACCGGCGCACGUUCGGCGCAGCGUCAGAAUACAAUGUUUUGCUGUAUUUAAUUGUUAGAUACUUUUGAUAUAACCAUAAGUUUUAAGCAUGCCAUCCGUGCUUUUGACGGAAUCCAUCGCAGUCGAACUUGGAGCUCACGAGCCCUGGCCCGAUGAUGCCAAAGUCUUCCAGUCCUUCGAAAAGUCGCAGAUCCUCUUGCCAGAGAGUGCAAGCUCUCUGGGCGUUCAGACUUUCCUCAGGAUGGCGGGACUCGACCACGAAGUGGAAAUGCGUGCCAACGUUGAGAGCAUCUCGCCUUCCGGUAACAUGCCAGUGCUAAAGUGCGGGUCGUUCGUAAUAGCUGAAAUGGACCCCAUCGUUGCCUUUGUGAACACAAAGGGAAUCCAGCUCACCCAAAACCUGAGUGUUCAGCAGAAGGCGGACAUCAGGGCGUACAUGUCUCUCAUCAACACUGUGCUCGUUAGUGCUGAGCUCUACAUCUGCUGGGCGAAUGAGGAAACCUACAAUGAGGUGACGAAGCAACGCUAUGGCUCGGUAUAUCCCUGGCCCCUGAACCACAUCCUGUGCUUCCGCAAGAAGCGCCAAGUCAUGGCCAAGCUUGCUGUUUCCGAGUGGAGUGACAAGUCCUUGGAUGAGGUGUUUGAAGAGGUCCAGACCUGUUGCGCGGCUCUUUCCGAGCGUCUGGGGCAGCAGAGCUACUUCUUCGGCGACAAGCCGACCGAGCUGGACGCCCUGACUUUCGGCCACCUGUACUCGCUGAUGACCACGGACCUGGUGGACGGGAGGCUCGGUCAGAUCGUGAGCGGGUUCGGGAACCUCGUGGACCUUUGCCACCGCGUCGAGUCCCAGUACUUCGCGGACUCCUAGCCCCCGCUACCGCGGCCUCCUCGACUUUGGGUCUGACUGACACCGCGGCAGCCAGAAGACGGCACUCCCGUUGCGCGUACGACCAGGACACGCAGCAGCCCUUGUUUCGCUUUCGAUCGUCUUGGCAUCUAAAUAAUGCGUUUGUUGAAUAAGAAAAAAAAAAUAACAAUAAAGAAGUACGCAAACUUGACCAUGUUGACCAAAGUGGGGAGCAAAGCAUAUGUUUAGCGCAAGCAGCCCCCUCGCAGGACCACGUAGCGGAAAUCGACGGGAUCACGUGACGUCAUUUUCCCCAAUUUGCGCCAAUAAUAGUUUCCCGGUUAAACUUUGCGCGAAAAAUUGACGUAAUGUUACACUUUCCUCGCUAAAUUUGGCGGAGAAAUUGACGUAACGGAUUUUCGUGACGGUUUUCUCAAAAAUUCGGCGUAUACAUGAUAUUCUGUGGUAAAAGAAAAAAAAUCACCAAUUUGACGCAGCGAGACGGUGAUUUUGUUACAUGUAUCGCUUUCCAAAUGGUGGGCAUUACUUGUGGGGGUUCAUGAGUGGUGACGUUGGCGAUUAUUAUUGAUCAAGAAAAAGUUUUGUGUAAUAAAGUGUGAUUUUAAGCGUCAAGGUGCGCUUAAUACUAAAGAUAAUCUUUAUUUAUAGGAUGAAUCGUCUACUAGCUUGUUGCUCUUCCAUCAGCCUGGUGAUAAUCUUUCUAGCUCUUAAUUCUGUCGUGCUUCUGAAAGAGCUUCACGCCGGUGGAAGGGAAACAUGUUGUUAAAGUCAGUGAUCGAAUGUCAGGAAAUACGAUAUCAGGGGCUGUGGGACCAGCCUCGGUGGGGAUGGGCUCGCAUAAUUUAUUGUCGAAGAUUCGCCAGCUUCACCCACCUGUAACGCUUCAGGAAGGCUCACGAGUUGUUAAUUUUUAUGCAGGUCUAAAUAGUGUGCUGUAAUAAAGAUGCGGUGGUCUCGGAAAA